AUGCGUCUCUCUACCAUCUUCCUCUCCCUGGCCUCCCUCGCCGCUGCCGCCGAGCUCGGAAUUGAAACAACCCACAAGGUCGAAUGCACCCGCAAGACACAAAAGGGCGACAACAUCUCCAUGCACUACAAGGGGACCCUUGAUAAUGGCAAGAAGUUCGAUGCAAGCUACGAUCGCAAUUCUCCAUUAAACUUCAAGUUGGGAAGUGGCCGUGUUAUUAAGGGCUGGGACCAAGGUCUGGUGGAUAUGUGUAUCGGCGAGAAGCGUACCCUGACUAUUCCCCCCGAGUUAGGAUACGGUGACCGUAGCGUUGGUCCUAUCCCUGCUGGCUCGACUUUGAUCUUUGAGACUGAGUUGGUUGCUAUUGAGGGUGUUGAGAAGGAUGAGCUGUGA